CUCAAACUGGCCCUGGUAUAUCAAUCCUGAUGCAGACUUGGCCAACAAUUUCAGAGUUGCCAUUGCGUUUGUACUAGCUGGGUAAUCUUUUUCCACAAGCCCGCUGUUUGGUCGAAGUGGCACCAUGUCGGCUCCAACAGCUUCAACUAGCCCCAUACCUUCUGGGGGGAAAGUGUGCACAACGUUCCCAGAGAUCCUGAUGUUGGGUGAAUUUGUAUUUGGUGGCCUGGUUUGGAUCCUUGUGGCUUCUGCUCGAGUUGCAUUUGCAGCUGAUCAAGGCUGGGUGAUGUUUGUUUCAGUUUUCUGCUUUGUGAUAACUACGUUGCUGCUCAUCCUGUACAUGGCUGGAGUUCAGAACAGUUCAUCUGCAUGGGGUGCAGUGGAUGUCUUCUACCACUUUAUUGCGGCAGUGUUUUAUUUAAGUAUUGCUGUUCUGGAGGCUCAUGACACAAGAAUUCAUCUUGUCCUACAGAAUCAAAAGAAUUUCAGAAUCAACAUUGCUGCCUCAGUCUUUGCAUUUGUGGCCACCUUACUUUAUACAAUACAUGCGGUAUUGUCAAUAGUGAGAUGGAAGAACGCCUCAUGAACAUCAACACAAGUAUCAAAUGUCAUCGAAUCAGAAGGUUUCCUCCUUCCCAAAACUUGCUGUUUUUUUUUGUUCUUUCCUUUUUUAAUAUUGUUUUACAUCAAUUCUCCCUGCAACUAUAUAAUUACCACAUUUUAUACACUAACCACAUGGAGCUAACGAUGCCUGAAACAUAUUUAAUAUUUAAAGGUCGGAACACUGAAAGCUCCAAAGGAAAGUGGAAAUCUGGAAUGCUUCCAUCAAGAAAGCCCAGUUUUAGUCUCAAACCAAAUUUUAAAUUUUUGUUUUUGGUAGGGGUGUUUAAAGGCUCCAGAAUGAUGUCUGGUUAAUGGAUUAUGCUAUAAGUGCAGAUCAUCCAUGACCUAAUUAAUGGACAAGCUGAUCCUGUAUCCCAUGGUCAGCUUCUAUAUUGUUUGUGCCACACUAUAUGCUGAACCAAUUGAAAGACUGAGACCCUGCCUGCAGUUUAAUUUUUCAAUGGAUUACAAACCAUUAGUUUGCAUAGGGAUUUUUCUCUUACAAAUUCUUAGUGGUUAAUCCUCCCACCCCAGGCACAAGACAGGUUGGGGGAAGGAAGCUACUGUUAUCCAAACAAAAAAAAGCUGGUGCAUUUUCUGCAAUAUGGGGUAACCUGGGAGGGGGAAAAUGGGGGAAUGAAUCACAAUCCCAGAAAGGAGCAUUUUUUGAUCACUUUGCUCUAAUUUGUAAUAGAUUCUGCCAUCUAUUUUAAUGUUUAAGACAUUCUCUCCAUCCAACUUCUGCUAUUCACCCAAUUGAAUUGUUUAUACUUGAGUAGAUUUUGUUUCAACUUUUUUGAGGCAUUUAUAGUAAUCCUCGUUCUGAUUUUUCAAUCUGAAUCUAAAAUUUGUUUGCUCAACUUAACAUCUUGCAAUUUUUUUUGGCUGCAAGAUUAUAUUUCACUUUACCAAUUUUUUUAGUAAAAGCCUUGCUAUUGACUGCAUAAAGCAACUAUUUGUGGUUUUACCUUGUUUUCAUAUGAAAUAAAUGUAUCGCCAAAUA